AGCAACAUGGUUCGAAUAACGGAAGAAUUAGUCAGAAAACGUUCCGAACACAACGAAGGGCUGAUAGGCACCCUGGAAGAACUCAGCCUCCAUCAGGAGGACAUAGAAAAGAUAGAACACCUGAACAACUGGUGCAGGGACCUUCAGAUACUCUACCUCCAAGCCAACAUCAUCUCGAAGAUAGAAAACCUGAACAAACUGAAGAAACUGCAGUAUCUGAACCUAGCCAUCAACAACAUCGAGCGUAUAGAGAACUUGGAAAGAUGCGAAUCGUUGGAAAAACUGGAUUUGACGUUGAACUUUAUCGGUGACCUCGAAAGCGUGUGCACCCUCCAAAACAAUCACCUUUUGAGGAGUUUGAAUUUGACGGGGAAUCCUUGCGCUGAAUACGAGGGAUACAGGGAGUACGUAGUGGCCAAAUUACCACAAAUAGAGAGGCUGGAUUCGAGAGACAUCUCGAGAAGUGAAAGAAUUAAAGCGCAACAAAACCUUCCCAACAUUGAAGGUAAGAUAAGGAAGGAACAGUUGAAAUAUGGGAGAUUCAGAGAGGAACAAAAACUGAGAUUGUCGCAGAGUACUUCGUCUGAGUUGGACGAUGAACAGUAUUGGAAAUCCUCCAGCGAACAUGCUCCAGAAACCAGGGUUGAAAUGGCUCAAAGAUCCAGAAGAGCUAGGAAACAAGACGAGACCGUUCAGAAAAUGAAGCAAGAAGUCAGGUUAUUCUCCAAGGACGGAAGACCAUUGAACGUCAACCAAGCCAAAAUUCCCUUUACUUUCAGCGACGAAAACCCUCAGGAAUAUCAAUUAACCAUACACGUCUACAAAUAUCUGGAUACCGAACUGAUAAACGUCGAUCUUCAACCCAUAUACGCUAGAAUUUCCAUAAAGGAAAAGAUUUUCCAGAUAGUGUUCCCCGAUGAAAUUUUAACAGAUAGGAGCACUUGCAGAAGGUCUACUACUACUGGUCAUCUCGUCCUCAGGAUGCCACGUGCAAAUUAUAAACCUAGACCUUCCUCAUUAUUGCUUGAAAAUAUAAACGAAGAAGACAAACGUGAACAUACUGAAGAACAGCACGGUGAUAGGAAGAAACAGACUAGAGAAUAUUUGGAGGUAGAAGGAGUAGAUUCGUCGAUGGACUUCAGUAAAAUAGUAGAAAAGGGUGAAGAGUUGGCAUCGAUGAUCAGUGAGGUCCCGCCUUUAGAGUAUGGCUACUAGAACAAAGAUAAUUCCUAGAUAUAAUAAGUGGAAGAAAAGGAUAUACCCUUUGUUGAUUCUUCUGAUGUUUGUUUACAAUACGA